AGACACAGCCAUUUCUUCAAGAUGACUUUGCUAAAAGAAUGACUGUUUCAGAGGUACAUAUAUAACUGCAGUUAUUGUCCAAUUUCAUGAUUUUGACUCCAUGAUAUUUAAACAGCUGCCAAGCUACUACAUUUUUGUCUUGUGCCCCCGGACGCCCCUAUAUAGCGGUUGCACCUCAGACACGGUCAGAUUCCGGCCUGGAUCCUCCCCCCCAAAUCUGGAGAAGACUCAGUUUGUCUAUUCUUUGCCCAAACUAAAUCAAUUAUUAAAUUAAUAAGAAGACUGUUUUCUGAUAUAUUUAAUUUAUAAAUACAAGAAAAGUAAUUUAAUUUCAUUUUGCGCAAAAUGUGCUCAAACGCAAUUGAACGUAGGGAUUUCUUCAAGUGGUCGAGAAUUGCGCAGAGAAAGUAUGCGAUGAAGAAAAUCAAGAAUUGUACAAACAAGUUAUGAUUAAGAGAAAAUGGAUAGAAUUCAAAAAUAAUCCAGUCCCUGUUGAAGAAGAUACACUUGAAACUAUUGGGAACUCACAGACAAUUGGAUUGUUAUCAAGCAUUGGUAACCCUAGAUCAUCGUGGGAUACAAGACUUCCUCCAUCCUUGCUUGAUGAAACGUCACCUGAAAAACGUUCACCAAUGAGUUCGCCAUCGAAAAGCCCAAAUAAAAUAUCACCAGAAAAAUCAUCUUUACAAGAUACGGAAUUAAAACGUCGUGAAAAUCUGCAGAAGAGGUUGGCCGAAGAAGCAGAGAAAAAGAAAUCCAAAAAGAGGAAGAAACUGAAAAUAUGAAUAAAUUAUGAAAGGUUUCAACAAAUUUAUGCCCUCUAUACUCUGUUUCUUUAUGAUUCAUGACAUGUAUAGCGUCAGAUCAGCAAACCAUACAACGCCCUUGUUUGGAAAGUACCGAAGCAUUAUCAAAAAAUUAUUUAAUUUGAUGGAUUUGUGAAAUAAGCUAGGUUCCUCGAUCAUGUAAUCUGUCGAAAUAAUGGCUUCUACAAGAAACUAACCUCUCGCAAUAGAGAACAAAAAAGAAGACAGGAAUAGUUAGAUAUAAUUUAUGUCAUUGAUCUGGUGUGUUAGACAAAGUUUGGUAUAUUAAUAAAAACGUU